AGAUAAAUUGUAGAAAUAGUUGGGGUUUAGACAUAAUUACGACUUUAUGGAUGUGGUAACUAGUAGCUCUCUCUCUCUCUCACACACACACACACACACGUAGAGCCCAAUAUAGCCAACCUAUGUGGACCACACUUUAGUCAUCAGUCAAUCAUCACAUCAUCAUGUUCUGCUGGGGAGACGGUUCGAGUGGACAGUUUGGUCUAAACUUUGAGAAUGUGUCUGUUCCUAUAGCAGGGAAUAUAUUCUCUGAUAAAGUCACAGAAAUUGCUUGUGGGGAGCAACACACUUUAUUUCUCACCGUAGAUGGCAGGAUCCUAUCAUGUGGGCGCAACUCAAAGGGACAACUUGGUAGACAGAAGAAAAGAGAUUCAAAACUACCAGCCCCAGUGGAGGGUCUGGGGGUAGUGGUCUCUGUGGCUUGUGGUCAGGACCACUCUGUAGCUCUGUGCGCGUCAGGACAGGUGUACUCCUGGGGGGCAGGGGGUGAGGGACAGCUGGGCAUCGCCCUUACUACUGUCUCCAAAGUCCCCAGGCCAAGAUCAGUUCCAAUACCUUUGCCCUUGCCGAUAACAGUGAUACAGGUUGCUUGUGGAAAUUCCCAUUCUUUGGCCCUGACUAAAGGAGGACAGGUGUUCUCAUGGGGUCUGAACAGCCAUGGACAGCUGGGCCUGGGGAAGGGAGUCCCUCUGCAGCCCAUUCCUGCCCUGGUGUGCUCCCUCAUAGGGGUCCCAGUGACCCAGGUAGCAGCCGGAGGAACCCACACUCUGGCCCUCACCCUCCCAGGCCUGGUCUACUGCUGUGGGGCGAACAGGGCUGGGCAGCUGGGACUCAACCGUGUGGAUGAGAAAGGCCGGUUCAACAUCUGUUCUGUGCCUGCUCUCAGAGUCUUGGGGGUUUCCUUCAUCAGCUGUGGAGAGGCACAUUCUGCUGUUCUCACCAAGGUAUCAUACUAUUACUGUGGAGAGGGACACUGCUGUUCUCACCAAGGUAUCAUACUAUUACUGUGGAGAGGCACAUUCCGCUGUUCUCACCAAGGUAACAUGCUAUUACUGUGGAGAGGGACACUGCUGUUUUCACAAAGGUAUCAUCCUAUUACUGUGGAGAGGAACACUGCUGUUCUCACCAAGGUAUCAUCCUAUUACUGUGGAGAGGGACACUGCUGUUCUCACCAAGGUAUCAUACUAUUACUGUGGAGAGGCACAUUCUGCUGUUCUCACCAAGGUAUCAUACUAUUACUGUGGAGAGGGACACUGUUGUUCUCACCAAGGUAUCAUACUAUUACUGUGGAGAGGGACACUGUUGUUCUCACCAAGGUAUCAUACUACUACUGUAUUUUUACUGAAGGCCCCAAGGGAGAUGUUGGUGUGAAAGGAGACAAAUACUACGGCAGUUCAUUAGUUCAUAACAAGUAUUUAAUGUCCUAAACAGUGGGCCCACUGGGAGAUAGUUCUGCACACAAAGUCAGCAGCCUCUCAAAGAUACAAUUCAUCACAUAUUGGUAAAUAAAGCCAGUUAUAUAAAAUGACCUUGAACAGAGGUGAAAAACAAAUGAUCAAGUGUCUGGUGGGUGUCUGGAAGAGAUUGGCUACACAAUGAACCAUACAAGUUGUUAUCAUACUAAAUGAGAAGUUACAGUUUAUUACAGAAUAGAAAGUCACAGGUUAUACAGAAUAUGUCCUGAUUAUGGUUGUUAUUACAGAUCAAGCCUCGGGGCUACCAGAGUAAAGGUCAACCCUUCAAUACUAUUAUACUGUCUCUUUAAGAAGUAAUUAGGGCCCUGACCGGAAUAGACCAGGAACAACUCUGGGCCUUGACAUGUCAACAACUGGUUCUGGUUCUUUGUGGUCUUUAGGGUGGACAGGUGUUCACCUUUGGAGAGGGAAGCCGAGGCCAGCUUGGGCACAAUGCAUCAGCUAACGAACUCCUA